GUCGCCGGAUGCCGCAGCUGUUUUCCGGCCUGGUCACCGGGUCCGUUCUUGGUGAAAUGGCAGAGGUCGGUCAGAGGCUGGUGAUCGGGGUCUACCGACUGUCCGCUCUCAGGAACAGCCCGAGUCGACCGGUGUGCGCCGGAGAAAGUCCCGGGUCUCAGCUGGUAAACUGCACCUUGAGUGAUCAGCGUGAAGUUCAGUCGGUGUCAGAAACCAGAGCGAAGCAGCGCAGAUCAGAGAAACUUUCCAGAGUCAGACAAAGUAAACAUCAACACGAAAAUGGGAGUUUGGUGGAUUCACCCACAACAGAGAAGCGUGCAGGCUCAUACAGCAGCCCUGCUCCUCGCUGCGAACCUACAGCCUCUCCUGCCCUGCAGGAUGUCACCUUGGACCCGAGGAGCUGUUUCCAUCCACCCCGACGCCUUCAGGUCCCCUCAGCAGCUCCGAGCUCUCUGCACUGUCAUCUUCAUCCUGGCAGAGCAGGGGUCAGAGCAGAGGGCGGGUUGUGGACACAGACUGAGACGUCUCAAACUACACCCUGAUCCAUCUACAUCUGCAACCAGAAACUACAGCUCGUGGAGGGACAGGAGCUCAAAGGAUGCUCCUCUGCUGUACAGGAGCAAGACGGCCUAUUACGACAUCCUCAAAGUGUCUCCCAGUGCCACACAAUCCCAGAUCAAGACGGCCUACUACAAGCAGUCCUUCAUCUACCACCCUGACAAGAACCCGGGGAGCAAAGAGGCCACACAGCGCUUCUCUGAGAUCAGCGAGGCUUACACCGUGCUGGGCAACAUCAUCCUGAGGAGGAAGUACGACCGGGGCAUCCUGAGUCAGUCAGAUGUCCAAGGUGCAGGGAGACCGUCGUCCAAAGAGGCCACGAGUAGAUCCACAGGGUCCCCACAUCAUCAUCAUCAGCAGCAGCAACAGUACAGAGCCAGACGGUUCUCCCAAGCCGGAGGGAAUCGCAUGUUUGAUUUUGAUGCCUUUUAUCAGGCUCACUACGGGGAACAGCUGCAGAGAGAGAGGGACCUGAAGGCCAGGAGGGAGCAUAUGGAGGCAAUGCACAAGGAGAAUCUAAAAAAGUGGAGGAAGGGGAAAAUAAUAGAGGUGACUACAGUGGUGCUGCUGACCGUGGCUGGGCUUAUAUUUGUUAAUAUCCUCAAGUCCUGAAAUAGAGGCAGCUACCGGACACACGUGGGGUUACGAAGGGGGUGGGAGGUUGGGGUCGGGGGUGCUACCUCAGACUGUUUUGCAUGUGUUGCACAGUUUCUGACAGUUGAAGAUGAUUGUUUUUAGUGUACUGCAGGAGUAAACAAAGGCUGGCUCUAAAGCAGCAGUUAGGUUGUUCAUUCAUAAAAUGUAUCCACACAAACUGAUUGUAUUAAAGGAUGGGUUCACAGUUUUUCAAGACAGGUGCUUCAUAUGAACACUGAAGCAGGUUUUAUAUGCUGUAAUCACACCUCCUGUUCACACUGGCCACUAAGAGAUUUGUUCCUAAUGUGCUUUCAUUGUAAGUAAUGGGGGACAAAAUCUCAUCCGCGCAAAAAUGUAUUCCAAAAUAUAUUUGCACCACCUGAACCUCCAGCUGUCUGUGUUUGACAAAUCAGCUGGAUAUCUUCCAAAGUUACAGCCUUUUUAAAACACAAUUCACUCUUUUGUCCCUAUUUUUCCAUUGCAGCUCAGUAUGGAAACAGUCCAGGGAAACAAAAAGUAAAACAAAUACUGUAUCUUUGGAAGUUAUCCACUUGAUCUGUCUAACACAGACUUCUGAAGCCUCUUGUAAACUCGGAAUAUACGUUUAUUAUUGCACAGAAUAAGGAGGGUGAAUUUUGUGCACCAUCAUUUACAUAGGAUGAGAAUAAAAAGCAUAAACAAACAUUACCACCAUAUAUGCUCACCUAGAAAGAAGUGAUUCAGGAAAGUCAAAAGCCACCCAGUGAAUGGGUGAUAUCAUAUUUCACAUUGCAUGGCUUGUCAGGCUUUUUUAAAAUGAGUUAAUACUUACUUGCCUGUUACAACAUCUGCAGGAGAAAACCAGAGAAUAUGAUGUACAUAUGCACAUGUAGGAUUAAGUCAACAGUUGUUCUAACAGCUGUGAAGUUGCUGUGUAAACCCAUUCAUUAAUUUACUUUCCGUUAUUAGUGACUGAGGCUGAAGCCAAACAACGUUUUGGCAUCUUAAGUUGUUUUUUUUUGUGCUCAUCCAAAUACUGCACAAAGAUGGGAAAAGUAAACUCAACAUGCUGAACAACGCACAGUUACUCAACCUUUCCCUGUACACUGGUUCUGUAGAGAAUUACUUGAGGUGUAUAAUUUGCAAAGCGUAAAUUAAUGCACAUUUCUCUUCUUCCACCAGGUGUUUAUGUGUGUAUACAUGUAUGUAAUGUACAUACAAGAUGCCACAUCAUGUUAUUAGAAAAUUUAGAUUGAUUAUUUUGUGUAAGGAAAACUGUGUUUGAGCAAAUACAAUAAAAGUGAUUUAUUUUUCCUCCA